AUGAAACCAAACGCCAACACAGAUACAGCUCCGCAGGUUGGUCAGUCAUCAUACGAUUAUCAAUCACCCAAUAUUCCCGAGCCUCCCUCUACUGGUCAUAUGCCGUUCAAUGAUGAGAGUUCGCAGAGUGAAAAUACUCUGGGCCAGUGGGAGAAGUCCUCUCCGGAGCCAGAACAUACCAUCCAGCCGAAUCCCUCAGCGCAUCACUUGCAGAAGAACAGUGGGCACUCAAUAUUAAGGAAAAUUAGCUGCCUGAUUGCCCGCCUGUACAAGCCGUCCCCAGGUUAUCAUGGCGCAUCAAAUCAGAGUGAGCCUGAGAGUGAAGAUCUCUCUGCUAGUUUACAGGCGCAUCAAUUGGUUCGGGGAUUGGUUUACGAUCAAUCUGAUGAACACCGCACAGCUCGCUCACAGGCAAAUGCAAUGCCAGAACCUGUGACACAGCGUCGUGAAAGCGAGGGAGGAGUUCUGGCUCAAUUGCUCAAACUCUAUGGAGGCUUGGAUCCACCGACCCGCGAUACACGGCCGCACAGCAAUGUUUUACCGGCAGUAGGGACACCCAGUACCCCCUUCGGUGGAAGCAGGUCAAGCAGAAAGAAAAUGCCAAAAUGGUACGAGAAGCCACAGAAUAUGCCUAUGGAUAUGACGACCAAUAGUGCAGGCGCUUCAGGUUGGAACAGCCCCAUGGCAUCCAGAGAGAUGCUCAGUGCUACCCCCAGACGGGCACAUAGAUUUGGCCGCCAUAUGCGGUUAGAGGACGAGAUUCGCGUGACAAUUCAUAUUGCCGAUAUCAUCUCCCGCCAGAGGUAUAUUAUUCAACUCUGCAAGGCUUUCAUGAUGUUUGGGGCUCCAAUGCAUCGGUUAGAAGAGCACAUGCAGAAGACUGCGUUUGUUCUCGAUGUGGAUAGUCAAUUUCUCUACGUGCCGGGCUGUAUGAUCAUGUCCUUCGAUGAUCCAACAACGCGGACGACGGAGGUGAAGUUGGUGCGUGUGGCUCAAGGUAUUGAUCUCGGACUUCUAGCCGACACCCACGAUGUAUACAAAAACGUGGUUCACGAUGUGAUGGGGGUGGAAGAGGCGACUGGCGAGCUUGAAGAGAUCAUGAAUAGGAAAUCUCGGUAUAACAAAUGGAUUAUCGUGAUGGUCUAUGGAUUAGCUUCCGCAAUGGUUGGCCCCUUCGCAUUCAACGCCCGUCCCAUCGACAUGCCGAUUAUCUUCUUCAACGGCGCCCUCCUUGGCAUCCUACAACAUGUUCUCUCUCCGCGAUCUGUGCUAUAUUCCAAUGUCUUUGAAGUGACCGCUUCUGUUUUGACGUCAUUCAUCGCAAGAGGUUUAGGAAGUAUCGACUGGACCACAUCUAGUGGAAACCGCGAGCGUCUGUUCUGCUUUUCUGCUGUUGCCCAAUCGUCUAUUGCCCUGAUUCUCCCGGGAUAUACUGUGCUCAGCAGUAGCCUGGAGCUCCAAUCACAUCAGCUUGUGGCUGGAUCGAUCCGUAUGGUAUACGCUUUCAUAUACUCACUUUUCCUUGGCUACGGGAUUACCGUCGGCACAACAAUUUAUGGACUGAUCGACCCCAACGCCACGUCUGAUUUGACUUGUCCAAGUACUGGAGCAUGGGGUAACGAAUACGUACAGCGAUUUCCGUUCGUGGCGGCAUUCGUAUUAUGUUUGUUGGUAAUCAACCAGGGCCGGUGGAAACAAGCACCAGUCAUGUUACUCAUCGCAGAAUCUGGCUAUAUUGUCACCUAUUUUGUGACUCAGCGCAUCGGUACCAGCUCCCAAGUCGCCAACACCGUCGGUGCAUUCACUAUUGGCAUGAUGGGCAAUCUUUAUAGCCGCCUAUGGCAUGGCCAUGCAGCAACAUCUAUAUUACCGGGAAUUUUCGUUCUAGUGCCGUCGGGCCUGGCGGCAUCGGGACCUAUCAUCAGUGGCAUCAAAUCUGCUGACGAGACCCGGGAUAAUGUAUCCAGUGCUAUAAACCAUACUAGCUACACAUUUUACUCCGUGGAAUCUUCCCAGCUCUACACGGCGGAUCUGGGAUUUGGAAUGGUGGAGGUAUCAAUUGGCAUCACCGUGGGACUGUUCAUCGCAGCUCUGUUGACCUAUCCGUUUGGGAAGAGACGGAGUGGAUUGUUCAGCUUUUAG